UAUAUAUAUGCGCCUCCACGUGUGUUGUUGUCUUCGUCUUUCGUUGAGUGAACAAGAGAAACAGCGGUCGUCAUCUCUCCAGGUUGCGCCAUUGUGGCUUUUGCCACUCUGGCUGAUUGCGUCAGUCCUCAUCCACGUGAAGGGAUCCCAUUGGGGGAAUGAACGCUAUUCGUUUCUUCGGCCGUCUGUGAUGUUUCUGCUGUCUUACUCAUUCUUCUUGUGUCAUCUGGUCUUCCUUCUCGUCACUUCUCUGCUGGACAACAUGGUCGGUCAGGAGUCUGAUGUUUGCCGCACCUACACCCUGCUCUUUCAGCAUUUCGCGCUCUUCAGGUUUCUUCGACUCUCUAUGGUGUUCCCGUUGUCUUAUUCAUGCUUCUUGUGUCAUCUCGUCUUCCUUCUUCUCCUCACUUCUCUGUUGGACAACAUGGUUGGUCAAGAGUUUGAUGUUUGCCGCACCUUCACCCUGCUCUUUCAGCAUUUCGCGCUCUUCAGGUUUCUUCGGCUCUCUAUGGUGUUCCCGUUGUCUUAUUCAUGCUUCUUGUGUCAUCUCGUCUUCCUUCUUCUCCUCACUUCUCUGUUGGACAACAUGGUUGGUCAAGAGUUUGAUGUUUGCCGCACCUUCACCCUGCUCUUUCAGCAUUUCGCGCUCUUCAGGUUUCUUCGGCUCUCUAUGGUGUUCCCGUUGUCUUAUUCAUGCUUCUUGUGUCAUCUCGUCUUCCUUCUUCUCCUCACUUCUCUGUUGGACAACAUGGUUGGUCAAGAGUUUGAUGUUUGCCGCACCUUCACCCUGCUCUUUCAGCAUUUCGCGCUCUUCAGGUUUCUUCGGCUCUCUAUGAUGUUCCCGUUGUCUUAUUCAUGUCGCCUUGUCUUUAUUUUCUCCUCUUCCCUGCUGGACAACAUGGUCAUUCGGGAGUCUGAUGUAUGCCGCACCUUCACCCUGCUCUUUGAGCACUCAGCGCUCAUCGUGUCUAUUCGUCUGCCUGUGCUGCUGCCACAAUGUCCUCUACUCCUGAUUUGUUUUCUCAUCAUCGCACUUUCUACUUCCUUCUCUAUAAAUCUUUAUAACUCAUGUAUUUCUGUCGUCUUUGGACCAGUAGUGCACUUGUUUGACAUAUCCAGUAAUAAUACUUGUCUUUCAUGUAUGUUUUUUGUUUGUCCCAUAUGGGACAUUUAGUUAUAAUAUAUAUAUACAUAUGUAUAUAUAUAUAUAUAUAUAUAUAUACGGCUCUGGUUAGCUACCUCUAGCCAACUAACACAAACUAAACACAGUUUCUAGUCCUU